CUCCCGAAAGAAUAUUUUUAAACAAAAUUGUACCAUUUUUAUUUUUUCAUUUUUAGCUUGCUUAUUCAUUUAUAUAUUAUCUUGUUAUUCUAAAAUGCAACGAAGCGAUGGUAGAAGCGGAGGAGGCCAACGUGGUUAUGGAGGUGGUGGUGGAUCACGAGGGGGAGGUGGUGGUGGAGGUCAAAGAGGCGGUGGAGGUGGCGGACGACGUGAUGAAGGAAGUAGUGGUGGAUAUCGCGGUGGCGGAGGCGGUGGUGGGCAUCGUGGAGGUGGAGGAGGGGGUUAUCAAUCUCGAGGCGGUGGAGGAGGCUACCAACCUCGAGGAGGGCAGGAUAGAGGAGGUGGUAGUUCUCGUGGACCACAAGGAUUCUCACAAGGAUAUCGCGAAGAACCGGCUAGAAGCAGUUCAUCCACCUCUUCACAGCCUGAGCAGCAAUCGCUCCCCGCACAUAUGAUGGCUCCUCCAGUUCAACAGCAACAGAAAGAGUUGAUGCCAUCUCAGAAGCGUGUGGAUGAGUUGUCCUGUCCUCCGCCAAUGCUACCAGCAACUGGUUUCGUCCAAAAGUGUCAGGGCAUAUGCUCCAUUUAUACACUUAAAGUGGAGCCUGGUCGAAGAGCUUUUCGCUAUGAUGUUGACAUAAGUCGACUUCCUAUGCCUAAACGUAAUGGAGCUAUGGAUGAGGGCAAAAGUCUUGUAAGAGGAGCUGAUGAUGGACAGCGUGCUCUAAAUCGCAAUCUGUGCUUCGAACUAAUUACAUUGGCAUUUACAACUAACAAUCGAUUUGGAAUGCCUGUUGGUCAUGAGAUUGUUUAUGAUUGCAAAGCUGUUAUGUUCACUUCCAUGCCUAUACAACCAUUUGAUGUACAGGGAGGUCAUCAAUUUAUUCUAGAAAAUCACCAGGUUAAUGAUUAUGUUCGUGCUUAUUGUGGUGAUGGACAAAAUGUUCGUUUUCUUGUUCAUAUUAAAAGAAAUUCGUCUGUGCCGGAAUUGGAUUUGAACGAUUUUACUCAAUAUAUGAAUGGAACAAGCGUAUUCAAUGAAGAUCAUUCCCUUAGAACAUUCUUUGAAAUUGCUAUAUCGCAAUUUGCAUUAAACAACGAAUUAUUUGUAUCAAUUGGAGCUGGAAAACUUUUCGAGUACUUUGAUCCAAGUCAAAAUCCUAAGCGUGUUGGUAAUGGAAUGUAUUUGCGUAAAGGACUUUCAAAGGGUGUUAAAGUUAUUAAGAACGAUAACCCAUUUACUAAUGGGAAAAAUGGAGGAGGAAAUAACAACAAAGGACCGAGAGCUGCUGUUGUCUUGGAUGCAAAAGUUGCUUUGUUUUUUGAACCACAAGCUUUGCAUUUGACUGUUUUGGACAUGCUACCAAGAUCAAAUGGUCGUCAAACACGUCUUUCAGAUCAUCCACCAAAAGUUUGGCAAGAAGUUGAACGUUUAUUAGAAGAUUUGCGUGUUGAAGUUGUUUAUAGACGUACAAGAACUUUUCAAUUGGGCAAAUUUACUGAAAAACCUUUGAGAGAUUUAUAUAUUGAUGUUGACUUGCCUAAUGGUGCAGGAACUAAAAGAAUGUCUUUGGCAGAAUAUUUUCUUUGGAAAUAUAAUAUUAAAUUGGAGUAUCUUGACUUGCCUUGUAUUAAAUCGAACUCUUAUUUACCGCCAGGAAAGAAGCCUGAAGUUUUUCCUUUGGAAGUCUUAAAUGUUAUGGAGGAUCAGCGUGUUCCUCUUCAAAAAACUUCAUCUGAGUUGAUGGGACAAUUGCUUGUUGCUAAUUCUAUGCUUCCUGGUCAACGAAUGGACGCUAUUAAUAAAUUAGGAAUGGAUCUUGGCUUAUUUCACGAUAGAAAUCCUGUAUUAAAUGCUUUUGGUAUCUCAAUUGAUCAAAAAUCGAAUCGGGUUUUUUUGUUAUUUUUAUUUAAAAAAAUUUUUUUAAAGAUUGUUAUUGGUGUUCGUUCUUUGCCUCGUUUACGUUUCAAAAAUCGUGUUGUUGAGCCCGAUAGUCAAAAAGCUGAAUGGCGUAGAGAUGGAAGCCGUCUUCCAUAUUUACAGGCUAUGGGGCAAUUACACAAUUGGAUUAUUUUGUGUUCUAAUCGAGAUGGUGAACUUGCUGAUCGUUUUGCUAGAAUGUUGUUAGAUAUGGGGAGACAAAAGGGAAUGCAAUUAGCAGAACCUGAAAUCGUUCCUUUCAGUUGUUCGGAGAAUAAUGAUCGUGACUGGUCGAGUAAAUUCGAAAAAUGUGCUAGUAAUCGGAUUCAGUUUAUUAUGUUGAUAGAUAUGAAACGCAAUGACACUCAUGGAUUGUUGAAAUUAUACGAGGCAAUGUAUAAACCAAUUGUAACACAACAUGUUACGCUUGAGAAAGCUCGGGAUAUUGUCAAUAAAAAUCAACGUCAGACACUCGAAAAUGUUUUAAAUAAAAUGAAUAUGAAGAAUUUUGGCUUAAAUUAUCAACCACAAAUUGAAGAUAUUGGUAAACGUUUUGCUCUUGAAACUGGAAAAGUUUUGGUGGUAAGAAAUUUGUUUGAAAAUUUUAUUUUUGUUUUUUUUUUUUCAAAAUUUUCGAUUGGUUAUGAUGUUGCUCAUCCUUCACCAAUGAGAGCAGCAGACAAGAGACGACUGACGGCUCAAGGGGAGAAUAGUUUAAGUUCGUUGGAGCCUUCUGUUGUUGGGAUUUGUGCAAAUAUGGCAGACAAUCCACACGCUUUUGUUGGCGAUUAUUUCUAUCAGGAAUCACGUCGUGAAGCAUUAGACAUGCGUCAAUUAGCUGAUCGAGUUUCUUGGAUUUUGCGUAAUUUAGAGCAACGACGAUCUGAACAUCGUCGUCCACCUUUUAUUUUUAUUAUACGUGAUGGGCUUUCUGAAGGGCAAUUUGCUAUGGCUUGUAAAGAAGAAUUGGAAGCUAUUCGUAUUGGAUGUAAAGAAUAUGAUCCUUCUUAUCGUCCACGUUUUUUACUUAUUGUCGGAACUAAGCGUCAUUUCAAAAAAUUCUUUAUCGAGAACGGACCUAGGCUAACUGACAGCGCUAACCUUCCACCAGGUUCGGUUAUUGAUCAACAAAUUGUGCGGGCUGAUUUGACUGAAUUUUAUAUGCAACCUCAUGUACCACUAAAGGGUACUGGAAAAGCUAUAGAAUAUGCAGUUUUAGAAAACGGAGUUGGUAUAACUAUGGACGAACUUCAAGCAUUUCUAAUGUCAUUAAGUUAUUCCCAUCAGAUUGUAAACAUUGCGACGUCUUUAACUGCGCCAGUAUAUCAAGCACACGAAUUGGCAAAGAGAGGAAAGAACAAUUUUAAUGCUUUUAGAAAGUUUUAUCGCGAUAAUGUUCCCGAACGUGAAUUACCUUUGCCGUCGGCUCACGGUGGUACUCCAAUUAAAAUUGUUGAUUAUCGUGGUGUUACUCAUUUGUUGGCCUAUUGGGGUAAUGGGACAACAAUUCUUUCGCAUCGUUUUACUGCUUGA